UUAUAAGGGGGAGCGGAGCGGGCGGGGCUAGGACCUUUUCCCCAGGAUGUCUGCGAGUCAAGAGAGCCGGUGAGUGAGCGGGCGAGGGAGAGAGAGCGCGCGCGGCAGGGCCUCCCCCCCAUAUCCGCCCUAUGGGCCCGUCCAGGCCUCUUCUCCUCCCUCAAGGUUCUCUCGGAGGACCGAACCAUUACGCGGCAAGGGGGGGGGGUUGAACAGGCGAAAGAGAGGCGCUUUCCUCCCAGCGAAAGAACCGCGAAUUGUUUCCUCCUCGCCUUCCUCCAUUUUGUUCCCUCGCUUUUCAGUCCCCCACCUCGGCUCAUUCCACGUGGCCGGCUAGGUCGGGGCCGGCGCCCCCAUUUUCGGGAGUGGAACCGUCCUCCCCCCUUAAGGUCUCUGUGGCUUUGCGGCCGAGACCAUUUUCAUCGCGGGGGGGGGAGGAAAAAAAAAGAAAGCCGGAACGGGCCUCACCGGCGUGGGAAUAGAAACUUCCUUCGCGAGAAGCGCCGCCAUUUCGGCCGGGAGGGAGCGCGGGGCGUCGGGUUCUGUAAUGGCGUUGUCCCUUCUCUUUCCCCCCCUUUGGGGGGGUUUAUCGCCCCCAAGUUUUUUUUUUCUCGAAUGCUCGCGGGCGGUUCCAUUUUUCGUCGAGAAAAAGGGGGGAAUCUCUUUAAGGCUUUUUUGUGUGUGUGAAGAGAAGAGGAGAGGCGAUAUUCUUUCCGUGCCGAUUGUCCCCCGUGUGGAGGGCGAAGGGGAAAAAAGGCGGCCUGUCCCUUUUUUCCCCUCUUCCCCCUCCCCUUUUUUCAGCCAUUUUGAGCCUUUCCCUCUUACACAAGUUUUUCUUUCCCCCCCUCCCAUUUCUCCUUUUUUCCUCAGUGGUCUGCUCCUUUUCCCCCCCUCCUCCUCACUUGGACUCGCCCACCCUUUCCCUGCUCCCCCCCCCCCGCGGGGGCAGUUGGGCAAUUCCAUUUCCGCACCGCGCAGACUUGGCACGGGCGAGCCCAUUUUAGAGAAAUGGGGGGGGGGACAGAAGCAGCGCUGUCUUUCUUUCUCCCCCCGCCGCGGGCGCGUCCAUUUCUCCCUUCGUUUCCCCCCCCCCCCCUUUUCUCCCGCCCUGCCUAUUGUCCUGUCGCUUCGCAUCCGGGAACUCUGCGCCCGUGACGUCACGGGCCUGUGGCCAGAGGCGCGGGGAGGGAGGAGCCUCUUGCCCUUAAAAGGAAAGCAGGAAGAAAGAGGGAGCGGGGAGGCACGUGGGGAGCGGCGAAUGGGCCGCCCGGGGACACGUUGAGCUUACGGCAUCGCCUCCCUCCUCUCCGGCUAGGACGGGGGUGGCUGGGAGGAAUGGCUGGAGUUGAGAAAGGGGGCCUGUGGAACUCACAGCCACAGGAUCGGGGAGGAGAGAACAAGAGCUCUGCUGGAUCAGGAAUAGCUGGAGUUGACAAAGGGGCCUGUGGAACUCACAGCCACCAGAUCAGGGGAGGAGAGAACAAGAGCUCUGCUGGAUCAGGCAUUUCCUCCCUCCUCUCCAGCUAUGACGGGGGUGGCUGGAAGGAAUAGCUGGAGUUGACAAAAGGGGCCUGCGGAACUCACAGCCACCAGAUCAGGGGAGGAGAGAGCAAGAGCUCUGCUGGAUCAGGCCAGUGGCAGUGUACCUCUGGCCAAACGAGUGGGAAAGCCCUGGUGGUGGUGAUCAACUUCUGACCUUCCAAGGGGUAAACCCUGCUUUUUCACAGCGGGUGGUGUUGUUGGCCUCUACUUGUCGCAUAAGGCCAUUCCUUACAUAAGCUAUUGCAAAACAAAGUGCCUUUUGGAGCCGUAAUAAUAUGCAAUGGGUGGGGAGCGCAUUGAUAUUUUCCUGGUUGCUCAUUUGAGCGCUUCUAAAAUGUUGUUUUUCUUCCUCUAGACCUAGAGACAAUGGCCCCGAAGGGAUGGACCCCGAUGGUGUCAUUGAGGUGAGAAACUACCCAUGUCCGGAGUCAGUUGGAUAACUAAAUAAUGGGGGAAACAUACCAUGAUCUCUAUCCCAACCAACACAAUGGCAUCCAGAUUGCCCAAAAUACCCUUCUGGGGGCUUGGAUGUUUCUUUUGAGAGGUUUGGGGCUUGGCUGUGGGAGCUCACCUUUCCCUGCUUCUCCCUACAGAGCAAUUGGAACGAGAUCGUUGACAGUUUCGAUGACAUGAACUUGUCGGAGUCCCUCCUGCGAGGAAUCUACGCCUAUGGUUUUGAGAAGCCCUCCGCCAUCCAGCAGCGAGCCAUUCUCCCUUGUAUCAAGGGUGAGGCUAACUGCUCAAGCACACUUCUUCAAAGGGGGGUGGGGGGCUCUGUGUAGAAGGAGGGGAGUACAGGGAAAGGCAGGCAGUGAAAGAGAGAAGGCAUUGAUUUCUAAGUUGACUGCUUAGAGUGCUGACCUGACGAGCAAGCAUUUAAGCCCCAUAUAGCAGAAUAUAUGCAGUAAAUGAUACCAAACUGACUUCCGCUUAGAUUGCUGCUUCAGUUAAGUUUAGUAUUGCCAGAAAAGGGACUUUGCUGUAGCAGAUCAGCAUCCUGUUCUCAGGCCAACCAGAUUCCCCAAACUGUAAAAUCCUAACACAACUAGCAUUCAGAGGUUCCCUUUAUGCUUCAGGGAGUGACUUCCAUAGUUGUGUGGAGAAGUCCGUCCUUUUGUCUGCCCUCCAGAUAUUUUGAGCUUUCAUUUCCACUAGUCCUCUAUCAACGUCGCUGUUCUGGCUAGAAAUGAUGGAGAUUUGCAGUCUUAAAAAUCUGGCAUGCACCAGGGUGAGGUGGGGGCUGAUUUUUUUCUGAUCAACAAUACUAGGCAGAAAGGGAGGAAUUUUGGGAGAUCUUUCCAAGUUAUUCCCACCUAACACUGCAAAUGCAGCUGUCCUACUUGCCUCCGAUUCUUUUCUCCAUCAUCCCCCUUGCUACUGGGCAAAGAGGCACCUCUGAACAUGGUGACUGUCUUAUAUCUAGCAGGGGGACAUAAACGUUACCCUAUUCAUCCCAGCACAGCGUUCCUCCCCGUGGCUGUCAGCUGGUUCAUGCUGGGGAAACACUUAUCCUGUCACGGCUCCCUCUGAGGUUGGCGAGAUGUGCUAGUUGUCCUUUGUGUGUGUUUGUGACGCCGUCCUGCUUUCCUUCUGCCCAGGUUACGAUGUGAUUGCGCAGGCCCAGUCUGGCACUGGGAAGACCGCCACUUUUGCGAUCUCCAUCUUACAGCAAAUUGAGCUAGACCUGAAAGCUACCCAAGCACUGGUCCUGGCCCCAACAAGAGAGUUGGCUCAGCAGGUAAGCCUUUCCCCCCUCUUUCCAGCCCAUAGUAAUAAUAAUUAAUAAUUUAUUAUUUAUACCCUGCCCAUCUGGCUGGGUUUCCCCAGCCACUCUGGGCGGCUCCCAACAGAAUAUUAAGAACACCAUCAAACAUUAAGAACUUCCCUAAACAGGGCUGCCGUCAGAUGUGCCCAGCUUUGUCUUGUAUAAAAACCACGUGUCCUCUUUUUGCAGGUGGAACUGAGGGCCCCAAAAACAAACUCCAGAGGUCUCCAUUCAUUCCUCUGGUUUAAUGGGCAAAGAGGCGCCUUUAUAAACUGUCUGACAGACAGAACGUGCACAGGUGAAGCUUUAUCCAUAAUUGCAUUUCUGUACUAGGAAAGGCUUAACCUGUUGGAGUUUCUGCCUGCCGCACAGCUGUGAAAGGCGCAAGGACCCUGCUUCUCUCCCCACCCCAAUCUGAGCAGACGUGUAUAACGUUUCAUUGUAAAUCAACAACGCAGGGCUAGAGACUUUUUAUUUUAAAAAGUUGCUAUUCAGUUUAUAUCCUGCUGUAAACCUAUAGCCCUGGCUGGAUCAGGACAAGGCCAUAAACCUCUGGCCCAUCUAGUCCCACAAUCCUGUUCUUGCGUUGAGUUUCUCCAACCCCUCUUAAAGCCAUCUGAGUUGGUGACCUUUGCUGCCUCCUGAAGGAGGGAGUUCCACAGAUUAACACGCCACUGCGUGAAGGAGUACUUCAUCUGUCCCCUUAAGUGACCCUCCUUGCCUCCCAGGCUCCUGUCCUCCCUUUGACAUUGGCUCCCAGCCUCUUGUGUCCUGCGUCUCCUUCCCUGGCGUGCAAGAACAUUUUGAGGGGCUUUAUUCCGUUUCUCCUGGCCUGGUCCCGCUUCACAAAGUGACGCCGAAGAGGCUUUCCGCUGAAGAAAGGAAUCGCUGCCUCCGCUCCGACCCUGUUCUCUUCCGUCCAUCUUCCCUCCCCCUGCCAGUUGACGAAAGAGGCACCUUGCAAAAAGUGGGGACCUCUUUUUCUCUGGCCGGGGGACAGCAACCAUCCCUGUUCAUCCCAGCACAGUGUCUCUCCCGUGGCUGUUUGCUGGUUCAUGCUGGGGAAACAAAAGUGUUGGCACCGGGAGGCCAUUGCCCUUGACCAGCGCCAGGUAAGAGAAUCCAUGCCCCACUUACAAUUCUGCUCCUCUCAUCCUCCCACAGAUCCAGAAGGUCGUGAUGGCCCUAGGAGACUACAUGGGCGCCUCCUGCCAUGCCUGUAUAGGCGGGACUAACGUCCGCGCCGAGGUGCAGAAACUCCAGAUGGAGGCCCCCCAUAUCAUUGUCGGGACCCCCGGACGUGUCUUUGACAUGUUGAACAGGCGAUACCUGUGUAAGUAUCUGCAUUCAGUUUCCCUCCAGGUAGCAGCGCAAUGGGCAACUCACGAUCUUACAAUCUUUAUAAUAAUGAUGAUUUGUUAUUUGUACCCCACCCAUCUGCCUGGGUUUUCCCAGCCACUCUGGGCGGCUUCCAACAAAGAUUUAAAAUAUGUUGAAAUGUCACACAUUAAAAACUUCCCUAAACAGGGGUGCCUUAUUAGUAAAUAAACUCAAAAGGGAGAAAACACAAAGAAACUUUACGGCAGGUUGAAAGCAGCCUACGGUUCAAUGUUGACUUGUUGCAGGACAUUGCCUGAAACACCCAUUUCCCCCAACAUCUGGUCUGCCUGUAUUUUUAUGUAAUAAGUUCGCUUAAUUGAGUUAUUACAGAUUACGCUUUCUCAAUCCCUUUGGCUCUAGUAGGCUGCCAUGACCUUAGCAGCAGUUUUAAGGUUAGACACUAUUCUUAAACCAGAAUUUGAAUCCAUGGAUUCGGGACCUGCUUUCUGUAGCAGCAAAGAACAGGCUGGCUCCAUCUUCCGUGGGAGAUCCCUUUGGAUAUUUGAAGCGGGGUAUUGGGUGGGAUAGAAAUAAUAGGCUAUUGGGCAGGGUAGGAAUAAUAAAUUAUUAUUAUUAUUAUUAUGGGUGCCCUCAGUCUUCUCUAGACUAGACACACCCAACUUCCUCGAAGCGUUCCUCAUCAGGACUUUGUUUCCAGCCUUAUCUCUGGCUUGUGUGACUUUGCUCUUGGUGGCAGAGUUGCCAUUUUCAUAAGCAGAUCUGUAUCGCCCCGUCUUGCUGUUCUGUGAUGAUCUCCCAUGCGUGUCAUCUGACUCCCAUCAACCCCCCAUAUUUCCCUCCCAGUUGGCGUUCUGCUGUGCUGGGAGAGAAAGGUGCGGGUUUCGGAAGUGAUCAUAGCUCUUAAAAGAUUCCUGAGAACAGCAGCUUCACCCAGCCGCCGUCCCAUCAAGGAGACACACUGUCUCUAGCCCCUCACUUCAAAGUCCUCACCAAGGCUCAUUUUUGUCUCUGCAGCGCCCAAGUUCAUCAAGAUGUUUGUGCUGGAUGAGGCCGACGAGAUGUUGAGCCGAGGUUUCAAAGACCAGAUCUAUGACAUCUUCCAGAAACUGAGUGGGAACACACAGGUACGGCAAUUUCUCACCUCACUGGGGCAGAGAGUUCCACAGGGCUUCGCCAAUGGUGCCCAAAGCUGAUCGUCGUCAGAGCAGCCUCAUUAGGCUCUUUAGUUCUCUGCAAUGGAAGGUUUAGGCCAGCGGUGGCCAAACUUGGCCCUCCAGCUGUUUUGGGACUACAAUUCCCAUCAUCCCUGACCACUGGUCCUGUUAGCUAGGGUUUAUUUAUUUAUUUGAACAUGGAUAUUUAUUGAAUUUUCUCAUUCAUCAUGUUGUUUACAAUUAUUCUCCCUCCCCUCCUCUGGACUUCCCUCAACUCCCCCUCUGCUGAGAUAUUUAGUUUUAUUUAUUAUAUCCUGCUUUUCCUACACAAAAAUAAAAUCCCUUAUCAUUUCUCCGCUGAUGAUGAUGGGAGUCAAAAAACAGCUGGAUUGGCCACCACUGUUAAGCAAACCUUGAGGUACCCUGGGCCUAAAUUGCUCAAAGCUUCGUUCAAGGACCUUGAACCCGGCUCACUGGUGAUUUCCCUCCCCCAGUAACCCGACUGCCACAUUCUGCAGCAGCUGGAGGGUCCUGAGUCAGACCCAGGGCAGCCCCACAUAGAGUACAUAGCCUUGAGGGUACCAAUGUAUUGACCCGCAGCCCCUCUGCCCCCUUUCCAGGUGGUGCUUCUCUCUGCCACCAUGCCCAUGGAUGUCCUGGAGGUGACCAAGAAAUUCAUGCGGGACCCGAUCCGUAUCCUGGUCAAGAAGGAGGAGCUCACCCUGGAGGGUAUUAGGCAGUUCUACAUAAACGUGGAGAGGGAGGUACGUGGCGACUGUUAUGCAGGGCUUAUGGGGUGGCCGGGAGGAGGUGUUGAUUUAAAUUUGGGGUGGGUCUUCUACUUCGGUUAUAACUCUCCUCCCUCUCGUGCCAAAGGAGUGGAAGCUGGACACCCUGUGCGAUCUCUACGAGACCCUCACCAUCACCCAAGCCGUCAUCUUCAUCAACACCCGAAGGAAGGUGGACUGGCUCACCGAAAAGAUGCAUGCCCGGGACUUCACAGUUUCUGCCAUGGUGGGUGAACAAGCUUUUCCUUGCGGGGAGGGGGGAGGCCUGUUCAGGGUUGUCUGAUGGGGAUGUCUCUCAGUCUGUAUAAAUUUGCUUCUGUGGAAAGGGCCCGGGAGCCUUUAAGCACAAGCUGUGUUAAUAGGAUUGCAGGCAAGAAACUAGAUAGUGGUUUUUCAAGGCAACCCACCCCUCUUCUGUAUGCUAUAAAAAGCAUUGUUCAGAACAGGGGUUUUCGCAACCCACUGAAAUUGAAAGCAGUAGCAAUUGCAGUUACUGUAAAUCCAAUUAAAAUUUCAGUUUAAUGCAACAAAACUGUUUAACUUCAACCAGCAAUCACCAGCUUUUCAAAGGCAUUUACAGGACAUCCUUGCCUCUUUGCGCUGUCCUCAAUAAUCCCCCUCCCCACCGCCCUCAAAAAGUUGGCCACCAAGGAUUAGGUGUCUUGUGAACUGAGUUGGGGGAGACUUUGAUGCUGUCCCAGGAGUGAAGAAAGGCAUGCUGUGAAUUUAACUAAAGUGUGGCUUUUAAAAUUGUCAAUAAAUUUAGUUUUCUCAACAACAAAAAAAUAGGAAAUGGUAAAUUUUUCAACCUUCGAGUUAGAGAAAAAGCAGCAAUUUAAGCGAUCUGAAACAAAACAUGCAAUUCAGAUAGCGUCAACACCAUGUAAGAAACGAGAUUAUCCAAAAGUGAGAUCAGGGCACAAACGAGAUGAUUCUGUAAUGUGACGCGAGAAGAAAAUGGGAAUAGUCACGUUUGGGAAAGAAAAUGGGAAAGGGUUGUUGGGUUCUAUAAUUUUCCAUAAACUUACAAAAUUAGAUUAAGGUGCUGGGGGUGAAAACCAACUCUCUCUCUCCACCUUCUUUGCAGCAUGGAGACAUGGACCAGAAGGAGCGUGAUGUCAUUAUGAGGGAGUUCCGCUCUGGCUCCAGCCGUGUCCUGAUCACCACAGACUUACUGGUGAGUAGGGUGUGUGGAAGAGGGACAUCUGCUGCACGUUGGAUGAUUCAGGAGAGGUUGAACUGUGGAACUCACUUCCACAGUGGCCAAUAACGGCCAACGACAAAUUCAUGGAAAACGCCCUUGUGCAGUGCAGAUUAGUUGCACUGCAGAGAGCUUGCUGGGGAGACCACACAUUACAAGGAACACAAAAUAACUUUAGCAAGCUUUUAAUAACAAAAACUCCUUUUGCAUUAAAUAUAUUAACAAGCAUGACCCAUCCACCAGGGUACUGAGAGAGCUCUUUAUAUACUAUACCCAAUUGCCGACACAGCUUAAUUAACACAACAGCACCUGCUAUACUGCUUCACAGCUGUAAAACUGAGUCACGUUGUUUGCUCUGGCCCUUAAAGGCACACAUCUUGUGGAACAAUAACGAACCUUCAAAUUUAAAGAGACAGUUCAGCACUUAACGUCGUGCUUGUGGGUCUGCCAUGUUUGUCCGGUGGGCUCCCCACCCAAGGAGAUUCCCUCUCUGCCUGGCUGGCGCAGUGCUGCUGGCGGAUUGUAGCUCCUUGGCACACGGAUCGCGGGGGCUGCUCUUCCCCCACGGCUGGCACCCGCCACCAAAGUGCCCUGCCACGUAGCAGCCACCCACAGUUGAAAAGUUGUGAGCGCAACAGGGUGAUAACUGUUGGCAAAACUGCUAAACUGCCCCCACUUCUCAUUCCCAGGCCCGUGGCAUUGAUGUCCAGCAGGUGUCCCUGGUCAUCAACUACGACCUGCCAACCAACCGUGAGAACUACAUACACAGGUGAGAUCCUUGUUUUUCUCCCCCUCACUUUCUGGUCCUUCUCGGGCUUCUUAGACCUCUUGGGUUUCCUUUCCAACCCUUCUGUGCUAAGAUGGCAGGCUCUCCUUUCCUUGGUGGUUUUUAAGCAGAGGCUGGAUGAUGCCCACCUGCAGUUCUGCGAUUCCAGCCCAGUUGGCCACCUGCUUACCUCCUGCUCCCCCCAGUAAACGCUUCUCUGUCGUGAAAUGAUGCACGUCUAAAAAAAUGUGUCGCCAGCGUGAAAAGUUUGGAAAGCUAUCGUGUAGAUGCUGCAAACAGCCACUGUGGUGCAUUAAUCCUACCAAACCUGCCCCCAGAUAUCUGGAACCACUCUUUAAUAGCAUAAUGCAAAACAACAGCCACCACCCCAUUAUGGUGUUGUGGUGCUUUUGCGGUCACGCAGGUGGCGCUGUGGUCUAAAACCCUGAGCCUCUUGGGCUUGCCGAUCAGAAGGUCGGCGGUUCGAAUCCCUAUGACAGGGUGAGCUCCCCUUGCUCGGUCCCAGCUCCUGCCAACCUAGCAGCUUGAAAGCACACCAGUACAAGUAGAUAAAUAGGUACCACUGUGGCAGGAAGGUAAACGGCAGUUCCGUGCACUCUGGUUUCUGUCACUGUGUCUCAUUGCGCCAGAAGCGGUUUGUUCAUGCUGACCACAUGAUCCGGAAAGUUGUCUGUGGACAAACGCCGGCUUCCUCGGCCUGAAAGCGAGAUGAGCGCCGCAACCCCAGAGUCACCUUUGAUUGGACCUAACUAUCCAGGGAUCCUUUUAGUGUAUUUUUGGUCUUUGUUGGAAGCUGCCCAGAGUGGCUGGAGAAGCCCAGCCAGAUGGGUGGGGUACAAAUAAAAUACUAAUAUUAAUAAUAUUUAUUACCUUUACCUUGCCUAAUGGCAGGAAGAUGGGCCAUUGGGCCUGAUCCACCAGGACUUAUGUCUUUUACCUGCUCCCCCCAGUAAACACUUUCCUCUUUCUUUCAAACCCCUCCAGGAUCGGCCGAGGGGGCCGUUUUGGAAGGAAAGGAGUUGCGAUCAACAUGGUGACGGAAGAAGACAAGCGCACGCUUCGCGACAUCGAGACAUUCUACAACACCUCCAUCGAGGAAAUGCCUCUCAACGUGGCUGACCUCAUCUGAGCUGCCUUUGUUAGGGGCUCACUGUGCCUGCGAGAACCCCCCCUUCCCGCCCCCCAAUUAGGCACAAUCCUCUCUUACCCCCCACCCUUACAAAAAGACCUGCCCUUUUCUAUUUUUUUGAGUUUUCUUGCCUUUUGAAUAAAUGUCACUCUCUCUGGGGGCAGAAUGACCUCUUUUAGUGUUUACUGGCGCCUUUUCUCUGUCUCGGUCUCUCCCCCCCCCCCUUACUUGUUGACUUCACUAGGAAUUCGGGGAGCAGAUCUUAGAAGCCACGAUUCCUGGCAUCUAUAAUCUCCUCCCUGCUGUGCCCCACCCCACUCCCCACCGGGGAAAAAAGAUGUAUUUCAUAGUCUCUUCAAAAUUCAACCUUUCAACAAAAUCGUGGUGCUAUAGCAGGAAAGACGACACCCCCCACCCCCUUGGAGAAUCGAAAGGGUGUGGGUGUUUCUGUUUUCUCCCUGACUUAAAAAUCAUUGGUUCAGAAAAAGGAAAAAAAUCACUGAUUCAAAGCAAAUUGCCAAGACGUUUUGUUUUCCCCCCUCCUCUGUGUAUCUCAGAAAUGAGACCUUUCCCCCCCAACACACUUUGUUAAGAUAAAAUCUAAAAAAAAAUUGAAAACUUUUCAUACGGCAAAAAAAUCUGUACGUGCAACCUUAAGACCUUUUUUUUUUUUGUAUAGCUAUUAUUUAUUCAAAAGGAAAGUUACAGUGACCAAAAUAAACGUGAUCUUGAGAAAACUC